AUGUCACUGAGAUCAGGGUCGCCGGGCUCAACCAUGGGUGGUGCUGGGGUCAGUCCACUACGACUACGCCAAUUAACAGGUACAUACACUGGCAGUGUAUUGCAUUUACCGACUACGAAAAAGGGUCCUGCAGAGUCUCAUGCGAUUCAUGUUCUUGUCGAAACACCAGGUAUAGGGACAGGCGCCUACAACAGCCAGUAG